CGGGAACCGAAAAGGACCAAAAAGGCUCAACCUCAUCAUCAUCCCAAGAACCGAUAUGGCAAAGUUCAGAUUUCCCGGCAAAGCGCUAAAGUUGAAUACAAGAAAACGAGUGAGAUUUCGAGGCCGAUACCCGAACAAUACACCGGAGGAGUUAUACACAAGGAGAAUUCGCCGAGGGCUCGACCUUUUCCACAAAUUAUUCGGUGACUCUGACGAGGAUGAAGAUGAGUUUGAAGGCUUUACAAAUGGUUUGUGUAAAGAGAAAAAAAGUGUACCAACACAUAAACCCAAGGCAGCGGAGAAAAAAGUGGACGAAGUGUGUUCAUCUUUGGAGAAGGAAGGGCUGGUGAGAAGGACAAGGACAAGUGCUGUGGCCAUGGCUGUGAAAGAAGUGAGGGAGGGGAAAGAAAAGAAGGCCCAAGCCCUUGAUGAAAGAACCAGAGUGAAAACGCCACCAGUUGAUGGUAAAGAUAAGGAGGGUGAUGAUAGUGAGAAGGCAGUUCCUGAAAGUGCUGUGGUCACUGUGCCGAACGUUGUGGUGCCCCUUGGCCGUAGAAACAGAGUGCCGAUAAUUGGACACAGUGCUCAUAAACAGACAAAUUGUAGGAUGGGGAGACAACCUACUGUUAAAACUGCGCUGGCCAAGAAAUUGCUGGCGAAAGCCAAGAAAAAGUUGCCCUCCUUACCUGUUGUUGGGGAGAAGAGUCCAAAACGUUUCAUUCUCCCAACUAUGAGUGCCAGGUCAUCAAGAAUUAUCAAGCCAAAUAAGAGGCUUUUUGCAGACAUUACUGAAAUGUGUUCUACCAGCAGUUCUGUGGAGCUGAAAGCUAAUGCUGAAGUAGCCGAAAGUAAAAAUAGUCUUAGUUUGUCCAGUAAAAGAUUAGUCAAGCUCAGAAAAUCGCGACCUCACACAAGACUUUUUAGGAGUCAUGGGUCUAGUACUCGUAAAGGGUCUGAAGGUGUAGGGCGGGAUCGCAUGCGAAGGACUAUUUCUUUGUACACUGAAGCUAUCACCGGUCCCUGUAGGGGUCAGGUUGGAAGACCGCCAAAACGUAUGUUGCGACGUCUAGAAGCUCCCCAGCAAGAGGUGGUGGAAGGGGAUGUGCCCGAGUCUCCCCAGAAAUGUGAUCUGAAGGAGUCGAGGGUCAAGGAGAAAAUAGAGAAGUUGUUGAGAUCGCCAUGGGAUGACAGACUGAAGCAGUCAGGAAAGGGUGGAAAGGGUGAAGUGGAUGAGAUGAUGCCAGCUCCUGCCUCUACUACCUCGCCUGCGCUGUCUGCCUUCUCGCGGAACAUUUUAAGAAAAGCCCGUCUGAACUUGAAUAAAAGCACUCUUCAAAAAAUUCGUAAUCCUGAUUCCCUCCAGAGACUUAUACCCCAGUCUGAUGAAGCUCAUUUUCUGCAUAUGGUGCUGUGAGGGAGUCCAUCCAUUUUGCAUGGAAGAUGGUGAGGGUCCUGAGUCAGAUACCGAGGAAAUAUUAUGGAUAUGCCGACGUUGUGCUGUCUGUCACGUAUGUGGUGCACCAGGGGCCGAUUCCCUCUUGAGGUGCUCAGACUGCCGUAACUAUUACCACAUGGAGUGCCUUGGACCCUCUGCGCAUAGCACCUGUCAGCCAUCUCCAGACCGUCCAUGGAAAUGUGUGGGUUGCACACGGUGCAGCAGUUGUGGAAAUCCAAAUGUCUCACAGUGGUUGAGUGUUUAUAAUAAAAUUACUCCUAUUAAAACCAAGUCGCCAGGUGAAGAUCGUUCUCUAAACACAGAGCUGGCACUGUGUGAUCGUUGUGUAACACUCAGGGAGCGAGGCAACUAUUGUCCUCUCUGUAAUGGUUGCUAUGAGGAUGAUGAUUAUGAUUCCAAGGACUUUUGGCCAAGUUUGGUGAUAGGAAAGAUGAUGGAGUGUGGACGCUGUGGUGAGUGGAUCCAUGCCCACUGUGAGAGCCUCAACAAUGAACACUACCAAAUUCUGAGUUUCCUUCCAGACACAGUAGAGUAUGUAUGUCGGACCUGUGUGCUGGAAUCCUCUUCCAACUGGCUUGAUGCUGUCAAUAAUGAACUGUUAGCUGGAUGUGAAGCUGUGAUAAAUGCUCUCCUCAACAGCAAAUGUGCCAAGCAUUUAGUUAAGAAAGAACAACAGAAAUUAGGUACUUCUCUAUUAUCCCCACUUUCAUGUCUACCAGCUUUGAGUGCUACUACUUUUCAGAAGAAAAUUGAAUUGCUGGAGGCUUCGAAAGGAAACUGUUACGUGGAUGUAACUAUCAAUAGCAGCCAAGUAAAUUCCAACUCAAUACAGUGUUCUAGAAAUUUUGAAGAAAAACUUCCUUUGCUGGGAGACAGAGCUAGUGAAAGUGGUGUCUCAAAUGAAAAUCAGAAUCUCUCUCAUGAUGUGAAUUCAUGUAUGGGAGACAUAUCAGUCAACCAGAUUAGUAAUAAUGUAAAAUGUACUGCUGCAGAUAUUGAUGUUUGUGAUCAAACAGUGAACAAUCAAAACAUCCUAGAAACUCAUAUUCAUUCUUUGGAUGAAAAUGUGCAAAAGAGGGUUGAGGGACUACCCCAGUUGAAUGAGAGAGACACUGAGUUGCCAGGUCUUCAUUAUGAGGGUAGAAGGAAGAUGAUGGACAAUACCAGCAGUGACAUUAUCUUUGAGGAUGAUGUAAUAAAGGACUUGGCUAGCUCUUCUAAUAACAGCUGGUCUGUUAAAAAUAUAGAAUAUCACAGAGAAGAGAAAUCAGUUUCAAACACUUUUAAAGAAGAACCUAAACUUAAACUUAAGAGACGCAACACUCGCUCUUCGUCUUCUUGGACAACACUUGGUCCCCCUGAAUGUGGGACACCUAAUCAAAAUGAUAGCAUAAAAUUACGAGAAUGUUCAGUGAGGCUUGAAGAUAUAUGCAAGUCAAGAUCUGCUUCAUCUUCCCCAAAAUUUCAUGAUAGUGAUAGUGAUGAAAAUGAUUCCAAGGAAAGGCAAAAUAUUACCACUACACCCAAAUUACAUUCUUUACCCAAAAAUACUUCUAUAAGCACUGAGGAACUAUCUUCUCAGUCAGGAAACAAAAUAAUUGAUACUGGACAAGUGAUGCAACUUGACAAAGAAGGUGAAAGGAGUGCUGGAAGUGGUCUCCAUUCUUUACUAAAUAUGAAAGAGACAGAUUUAUGUACAAUAGGAAGGGAUGUCUCAUGCACACAAGUUGAUGGACCUAAUGAUGAGACAACUACAGCCAGUCAUGUUAUUCGUAAUCUCUUCUAUGAAGAUCGUAAUUUGUCGAUGUUGGAGUCCACUGCAGCCUUGUUAGAUAAGAAGUGUGAGACAGGCACCAAGGAGAAAAAGAACAGUAGUAGUCUAGCACAAGUAGAGAACCAGCUAAUAAGCCCCAAAGACAAGAUCACCAAAGAUAUUGAUGAUGAUUGUGUUAGUAGUGAGGCCAGCUCAUACUGUGAUACUGAUACUGAAAUUGAGAGUAUUCAGGAUGACCCAGAAGAACCCAAAGAUUUGUUAAGUGUCAAAGAGAAGCUCAGAGAAGGUAAAUAUAACACUGUACUACAGUUUCAUGUUGAUACAGCCAGAGUAAUUGAAAAUGGCCGGCAUUUAAAUAGAGGUCAGACUAGAAAUGUUCUAGCCACUUAUGCCAAACACAUGAAAGAAAGUUUUCCAUGGUUUGAAUUAAAAACAGCUAAUAUAUUUGAAUUGGUGGACCGGAAAAGGCCUUUUCCUUUUCCAUACUUUGAUCAUAACUAUGCUUUUCAUACCCAUUUAUUGGGAAGUAUUACACAUCACCAGUUUACAAUGCGUGAUGUGUCUGUAAGUCGUAAGCGAAGCAUUAGUCCUUUAAAAGGUCAGUCUAGCACUCCAGAUCGUCGUAAAUGUGCUCUCUGUGCAAGAGAAGGAGAUGACGAACCAAACUAUGCUGGUCGGUUGUUGUACUUAGGUCAAGAUGAAUGGAUGCAUAUCAACUGUGGCCUUUGGUCGUCUGAAGUUUAUGAAGAAGUUGAUGGUGGUUUACAGAAUGUAUACUUGGCUGUUAACAGGGGACGGUUAGUCAAAUGUUCCACAUGCCAGGAAAGGGGAGCCACUGUUGGGUGUUGUCACAAGACUUGCCAAGCAACUUACCACUUUAUGUGUGCAAGACGAAGUUAUUGUCAAUUUAUGGAAGAUAAAAGAAUAUAUUGUCCUGUACACAUGAGUCCUACCAAUGGUGAAGAGAAGUCUGAUGAUUUUCAGGUUAAUCGUUGUGUUUAUGUAGAUAUGGAUUCAGAAAAAAAGAAGUGGAAGAAAGUUCCAGGUAACAGGGUUAAUAUAAUCAUAGGCUCACUUAUUAUUAGAAGCUUGGGGCGAAUUGUUCCAGAAUCCGAUAGUUCAGAGGCACUGAUCCCUGUAGAUUUUAUGUGUAGCCGCAAGUACUGGAGCACUGUGGAUCCAACUAAACAAGUAACAUACACAUGUCGAACCAAGAAGGUAGUGCCCUCUCUUGAGGAUUCAUUGCUUUCAGGGGAGGGAGCAACUGCCAUUAUCCACAGGACAAUUGACCAUUCGAAUGGUGAGGAGGCUGUUGAGAGGGAAAUGGCUGCAGUCAGAAAGUGGUUUAAACAUCUGGAGGAAAGCAAAGUAGAAAAGAAAUCUAGAGAAACUAACAUAAUUCCUCCGCAUUUGUGUCCACUUUACCGCAGUAUUAAAGAGAAAGAGGUUGUGAGGAAUGUAGAUCAAGUCGUUCGUUGUCGUACACCACCAGCAGUCGUUGAGUCAGAUGUACGCCAGUGUAUUGACGAUAUUAUAGAUAAAGUGAGUCGUUCAGUGGAAGAAGAAAGUUUGCUUUUUGACAAUGACUUGCCAGCCAUUGUCAGUGCUGAUGACAAUGAACUUAUUUCUAUGGUGCUUAAUGAUCUUGAUGCUUGUGACCCUAUUACUCUGCACUCAACCCCUUCAACCUCAGGCAGGCCAAGCCCCUUAGAUAUGGAUUUCUUGAGCACCUGCGAUCAUAUGAUGGACUCAGGGAAGGUGUCUCACUCAGGAACUUUGUCUCAGGAAACAGUUGGUAACUCACAGGUGAUGUUGGAUGAUGAUACAGUGGCAGCAUCAUUAACUCCCACAGUUCUGCAUUCCCAGGCACUUUCACAGUCGAGCCUUGAACCUCCUCAAAGCCAUCCUCUUCACCACCACCAUCACCAUCAUACACACCAAAAUACUUCUCCAUACCAAGUGCAACAGGCAGCCCCUACGUCUUCAUCAGCAGUAAUGGGAGAUGAUGUGGGUGCUGUUGUUGAUGAUGAUGAUGAUGAUGAUGUUAAAGAACCCAUAAUGGACACAGUACCACCUCCAUCCACUCAAGAAGAACAGCAUCUUGGUUCAGUGCCUUUGAUUCCUUCUAUAAGCAGUGCCAAGAGCAGCAGUAACAGUACACAAGUCUCUCCCAGUAGUCCCAAUCAGUCUAGUAACUGUGGCAUUGAUAAUAAAAGUGACAGCAGUGGCAAUAGUAGUAGUAGCAGCAGCAGAAGCAGUGGUAAUAAUACCAGUAGCACCAGCAACAGCAGCAGUAGUAGUAGUAGUAGUAACAGCAGCAGUGGUAACAAUAGCAGUAGUAGUAGUAGCAGCAGCAGCAGCAGCAGCAGCAGCAACUGUUCAAGUAGUGGCAGCACUGGGGAAGAAAACAGCAGUCCUGAAAGAUCCAUUGGUGGAAUUAUUAGCAAUACGAGCAGUCCUGAUACUUGUUGCAGAGCUGUUCCUGAAAAUCUGGGUCACACUGAUAGUAACAGUGACUCGUCACAAAGUGCUAGGUGCAUCCUCCAGAAUUCCUCUACUUUAGUUUCAGCCAAAGCCAGUUCGGCACUCAAGCAAAUUUGUCGCGUAUUGCCAAUGCCAUCAACCACCAGUGGCAGACGCUCAUCCUCUGCUAGUGAACACAGUGAUAACAUUGCUCACGAUCAGUCUCCCCCAGUGUCCCGACGAUCACCUCGCAUUUCUGGAGAACAAGAUAGCCUCAUUUCUGGAGGAAAGGGGAAUGAGAGAAAGAAGAUAUGCAUGAAAAGAAAUUACAAAACUGUCAUAAAAAAGUAUCCUUUAAGAAGUGGAAUGAGAAAGAGCAAGCCAUAUGAGACCGUCCAGAUCGAAAUCAACGAAACCAUAGAGAUUCCAAGAGGUGAAGGCUCAGGCAUGAUGUGUAAAAGCCUCAAGCGAAAGUGGAGUGGCAUUUUAGAUUCUGAUGAUGAACAGGAUGUGAAAGACCAUAAGGAGUCUGGAGAUCAGGAGGGACAAGAGCAUGAGUCAAAUCAUGGCAUUAGCGAUGAUGAAAAUGGCAAAGAGAAUUCAGUAUCAAAGAAAGUCCUUAAGUUUUCAGAUGACAAUAGUGACAUCACUGUAAGUAUUGUUAACAAUAACAAUAAUUUGUGUGAUUUUUCAAAAUCACGUGUUCAUAAAUAUCGUCAUAAAACAGUCUUGCAGCUAGAUGGAGCUGCUGAUGGAUCAUCCUCUAGUGCAGAAAUGAGUGAGAGUCAAGACGAAGGAAUGUUGGAAGAAGGAGAAAGGUCACGAGAACAAGAAGAUUCACAAACACCACCUCUGCACUCUGCCCUGGCCAUGCGUAUCAAGGAACAGAGUUUAGCCAGAAGUUCCCCUGGGGAGGAGGGACCAUAUAAAUGUGGCAAAUGCAAGAGACUCUAUAGAACAAAGGAAAGUUACCAGAAGCACAUUGAGACUUGUACUUUUGAAGUUGACAGUUCUAGUACAUCAGAGGAUGAGGAUGAUCCAUAUGAAAGUACUAAACUUGAAGAUGAUGAUGACAAAAUAAAAACAGAUUUACCCCCAUUCCCAGUGUCUGGGACCAUGCAAGAAAUCUCUGAAACUCCAAAAAGCUCUAUGUCCUCUAUCAGAAUAGAAUCCAUUGAUGGUUCUGCUUCACCAAAGAUUCCCCUCCAGGACUUCUCAACCAGUCAGAAUAUUUCAUUGAUUGAAAAUAUUGUUUCCAACCUGGAAGCCAAGGGAAUAGCUGCUAAUGUUUUAGGUGAGACGACUCAAGAUAACCCUGAUGUUGUACUUGGCCGUCCAAAACCCUCAGGGGAAGAACAGACUGUUAAAAAGAUUAGAUUAGACACCAAUUUACCUCGCCAACCUGGAGUUCAUAGGCAAGUAAGAACAGCUAUCAAGAAAAGUUCUUUAGCUUGUGGGGAAGAUGUGGAAUUGUUACAAGUAGUCCCAGGAGGUCCAUCACCAGGUACAGAUGUCUUUGUACCACCUCCUGUAUCGCCUGUUAAAUUUAGUCCCAUAGUGAAGAAAAAUUCAAGUCCCAGACGGUAUUCAAAUAUGCGUUUGAUGCGAGGGCCACGCAAUUAUAGUUAUCGUCGGGCUCCUGCUAUGCCUGCCCAAGAACAUCAUUAUCAGGGUGUAAAUUCUGGCAUUCAGAUGGCACCUGCUACUGCAGUAACAGCAGCUCCAAUACAGGUAGCAAUGCAGCCAAUGGGGAGUACUUCAGCUCAGUUAAUAACACAGGCUGCACCCACUGCUGCGACUUUCCAGCAGUUUAGUGGACAGUCAAGCCCUUAUUCAGCCACACCUCAGCUAGCUUCUCCAGUAACUUUAAGUCCUGCUAUGCAGAUGGCAUCUCCAGUAGCAACACAAGUUGCGCAGCAAGUUUCCCCACAAGUGAAUCCUCAGGCUCAGGUUUUGACUAUGGUUUCUGCACCUUCUGUGGCUGUUCCACAGGGAUAUACUCUACAGUACGUAGGUAGUUUCCGUGAUGGAGAAAUGGGAGGUGGAGGGGGAAGCUUGGUAACUUACCCUACUACACCUGUAGUUGUCCCUCAGCCACAGCUUGUUGUUACCCCACAGCAAAGCUCUGUUGUAAUGCCACAAGUUGUCAACACAAACAUAACUUACUCAUUCACGACACCAGAAGCUUUAGUUAUAAAUCAACCAAUGGUUUCUGGUAUGCAGCCUGUUCAGUAUUUGCCUCAACAGCAACAGCAGCAGCAGCCACAGACACAGACUCAAGUUAUACAACAACACCCAGAACAACAGGUCAACUCAGUUAUGCAGUAUAAUCCUGCUGCUGUUUCGUCUCAGCCAGGUACUCAGAUUGCAGCAUCACACCAUCUCCAGCAACCUACUGGACAGAUGCAUUCAUCACCUUGCUUGUCAUUUUCUGACAUACAUAACAGCCAGAUAUGCACAUCGCAGCAACAGCCACAGCAAACUGCAAACAUUUUGUCUCCAGAGCUGUCAUUCAGCAGUGGAGGAGCUAAGCCAGUUCAUUUGAACCAGUCCAUAGGAACUACUUUAAGUUCAGCAUUGCCAUGCCACACCCCAUCUGUAAGUUUACCAACAUCAUCUGCAAUAGGCAGCUAUUCAGCUCCAUUGGCUCGACAACGGCCACAAGCAUCGGUAGCCCCUCAGGUCAUUCAACCCCUUCCUUCUCUCAGUACUACCACAACAUCUGGUGCUGUGGACACAUCAUCUGUUCAAGAGAGUGUAAGUCAUUCUCGUCUUCCCUUUUCUGAAAGACCAAUCUCUGGUGUAAGAACUGUAGCAACAGUUGCACCUGCAGUAAUCACCACUACAUCUGUCGUUUCUCUAUCAACAUGUAGUUCUACAACAAAGUUAACUUCUGUCGAAACAAGUCCUAAAGUUGCCACUGUACGUCCAAGGCCCACCUACAGUUAUAGAGAUGCAAUGAAAGAGAAGCAGAUGGAACGUCAGAAGCAGAGACAGGAAGUAUUACAGUUAGAAAGAGUAACCCCUCAUGAGGAGAAUCAGUCCAAAGAAUUUUUAAAGGUUCAGAAUAGACUCCAAAGAGUUGCUUCAGAUUCAGAAUCUGAUUCUGAAAAUGACUUUGCCAGUCGAAGUGUAGAUAAAGACAAAAAAGAACAAUUGGAGACCCAGUCAUACAGGCUUGUUGUGCGCAAAGACACUUCCACUAGCACUGGUUUCAGUGUAUUGCCAAUGUCUGGUCCAGAUGCUCCUCUUCCAGCUCCAGAAGUCAAGGAAUUGAGAAUCAAGGCCAAAGUCUCAGUUGGUCCAAAAAGAAAGAAAACAAAGAGUCGAGAUGAGGAAAAAGACCUGAUAUUUGCCAAUAAAGAUAUAUCACAGGAUCUGUAUGUUAAUGAGCAGUUACCGAAUUUCUCUAUCAACCCUAUGCUUAAUCCUUCCCAGGAUGAUCCAUCCAUCUUUGAAAAGCCCAAGACUUGCAGCACAGAACCAUACAUUGUCUUUGAAUUAACCUCAGAGGAUGGCUUUCAUGUGGAGUCCCGCCAUAUAUCAGAAGUGUGGCAGAAGGUAUUUGAUGCUGUAUCAGCUGCUAGAGCAAACAUGAAAAUGGACGCCAAGGUUGCCAAUAGUGUACAGUUUGACAGUGGGCCUGGUGGAGGAGCUAUAUCGGGUCUUCAUAUGCUUGGCCUCACUCAUAAUGCUGUUCAGUACCUGCUGGAGCAGCUGCCUGGUGCUAAGGACUGUCAUAAAUACUCCUUCCAAUUCCAUCGUAGACCUCAAGAAGAAGGUGCUGUUGAAGAGAACCCAACAGGCUGUGCCCGUACCGAGUCUUUCAAAACACGCUCUCCUUAUGAUAUCUUUAGUUGGUUGGCUUCAAAACAUCGUCGUAUGCCUGAGCGUGCUCCAGUGCAGCAAGAUGAAAUACAGCUUUCAACCACAAGACGUGCAACAAGCUUGGAAUUGCCAAUGGCAAUGAGGUAUCGCCAUCUUCGAGAAACCGCAAGAGAGGCUGUGGGUGUCUUUAGAUCUUGCAUCCAUGGUCGAGGACUCUUCUGUAAGAGAGACAUUGAUUCUGGAGAGAUGGUGAUAGAGUAUGCUGGCCAGGUCAUACGUUCAAGCAUGUGUGAUAUGCGUGAAAAAGAUUAUGAAUCUAAAGGCAUUGGGUGCUACAUGUUCAGAAUAGAUGAUGAUACUGUUAUUGAUGCUACAAUGCAUGGUAAUGCAGCAAGAUUCAUCAAUCAUUCUUGUGAUCCUAACUGUUACUCUCGUGUUGUAGAUAUCCUUGGCAAAAAGCACAUUAUAAUCUUUGCACUUAGAAGGAUAAUGCGUGGAGAAGAAUUGACCUACGACUACAAGUUCCCAAUAGAAGACGAUAAAAUACCGUGCACUUGCGGCACACGAAGGUGCCGCAAAUACCUCAAUUAAAGUUGUUUAUCCAGUGAAAUGGAGUUGAAUGGUUUCUAGGUUGUUCUGUAGCUUUAUGACUUCUGAAGCUAUUGUUGAUACACAACAUAAACAAUAAGAACAUAAAAAGCAUUACAAUCGCAUUUUCAGGUUUAGUACUGCAGUUUUGAUCUUCAGCUAUGUUAACAAAAAUGCCAAUCUCUAUGUAUUUAUGAAGAAUUUUUAACAGGCUCUCACCUCACUAAUACUGGAUUAAGGUGAAUGACUUGCAUUUGCCAACCACAACAAUUGUAGAUAAAAGUCCAACAUGUUUUUGAUAUUUCAUGAUGGGUAUGGUAUUCAGAAGGUUUAUCAUUCAUUUAUUAAAUAUUGAUAUUUUUCCUUGAAUGCAAAUAUUUAAUAAAUGAAUUUGCUUGUUUGUAUUUGCAAUAUUGUUUGUUGAGCAAACAUACUUCACUUUCAUAUACACAUACAUAAAACACACAUUUAUCUAUAGCAUAAUGAAUAUGAAUGCAAGUGUCAUGUGUGAUUCAAAGAAAGUCACCAAAUCUCCAAGUUUAGAUUUUUAUGACUCAGAAGCUUCGUUAACAUUGGCUGAUACUAUGGCUGCUGCUUUCUCCUCCUCAAGCUUUGGUCCAGUCUGAAGAGAAUUUGUGUUUUAGGAGUCUAUUGUGAAUUUCUCUUUGAGAAUGUUAUAUUACCGUGUAUUCAAGGCGUGAUAUAGUGUGUUUUGUGUUGAAAGAGAAAUAUUCAGUCUAGGUUUUGAGAGAUGACUUGGCCCUCUCUUGUUGAGAUGUGGUUUUUCAGCCAGGAUCCGGGAAGAGAGUGUGUUUGUAACCAAGCGUAUUUUGUUUCACGUGUGAAUUGUUCCUCAACUGAAACUGCUUAGGGUAAGUUUGCCUCUACUGAAACCCUCCUGGAGGUCCUCCCCCCAGAGUUCUUGAAGUUCCUUAGCGAAUCCCUGGUGAAGGUUCCUCAGACUACUUACUCCCCUCCAGCAUGAAGGUCACUUACUACUGCGGGUCAGCUGGAGACGGUGGUAAUCCAAACACAUGCAUUAAGGUUUUUGAGUCGCACUUGUUACAUUAAUCAUCAUUAACUUUUUCAAACCAUUAAUAUUGCCAUUGACUUUUCUUUAUAGGAAGCUUGAAAUAUACAAUGUAAGUUACCGGAAAUGUAAAUGUAUGGGUCUGUGAGAGAGAGAAAAAGGACAUAAUGGUAACAAUGUAUGAUUUUUAAUGAUUGGAAGGUGUUAAUGAAGGACUUUGUAGUUGGCGCUGUAUUUGUUAUGUUUCUUGAUGUUUUACUUAAUUUUUUUAACAAGCCUGACAUACCUCAAAUGACUUUUGUAAAUAGAAUGUUAGUGGACUGGGUGUUUAUUCGUCAUGUGUAGAAUCAGAGAUUGGCGAUGAAGCACCAGAUUCUGUUAUGUCUUAUCAAUGGCAAUUCCUUUUUUUUAACUGGUUGAGGAACAUUAAACUCAAUUUUUUUUCUCCUGGCAUUGCCAUUUGUUCAAGGCAUAAAGAUGGAAUAUGGUCCAAUAAUUAUUAACUGAAAUUUAAGAUUAAAAGAAAAAAUUACAAGAAACUGAGACCUCAGAGAGUGCAUUUGUCAUAAUCAUGCACCAAUUCCUAUAAUUUUAAGUAGAUGUGUAAUUAAUAUUACUCGCAUUUUGAUUUUGUGAUGUGGUAAUGUGACGAGAUCAGUGGUGAAGAGUAGGCAUAAGCAUUAGUAAUUAUGAUCUGAUAAAAAUAAUCCGUUUGCUCUCUGACAAAAUUGAAAAAUUUUGUAUUUUAAUACAUACAACAUUGUAAUAUUUGUAUACUGGCAACAAAACCUUUUUUUCAGUGUAAGCACAUAUGAGUAAAAAUGCUUUAUUAGUAUAUUGAGAAGGGGUUAGUUGCUGAUAUAUAUAAUUAUAUAUAUAUACAUAUAUAUAUAUAUAUAUAUAUAUAUAUAUAUAUAUAUAUAUAUAUAUAUAUAUAUAUAUAUCUAUAUAUAUAUAUAUAUAAUUUGAAGCAUGCACAGCAGAUAGAAGCUUGAACAAGAAUGGAUAAAUAAUGGUUAUGUCUUUUACCAUUUACAUGUUACCACCGAUCAUGUCACCCAGCCUUUAUAAACGAAAUGACUGUACAUUCAUCAGAUAAUGUGUAGUAAUUUGGGAUACGUAUAUAACACUAUUUCAAAUACAGUAAGCUUAUAAAGUGCAAAGUAAAGAUAUAUUUAUAUACAAUUUAUGCAUGUACUAUGUUCAGAAAAAUUUAAGCUGCAUGAAUCUCAACCUGUGUUUUGAAGGUCUUUUCAAAUUACAUCUAUUGAAUGUACAGGAGGUUUUAAACUGUUAUUAUUAUUAGGAUGGAUUGCCUCAAUGCAGCCGUCUCAUGUGAUGAAACGAUGACCUUGCAAAAUGAUUGUGUGUUACACUGCCAUUUGAGAAUUGGCAUUGUCUGUCUCUCCUAUGUGGUGCAGCGGUGACCCUAAAAUGGUAGUAGAAAAAGUAUUAUGGUUACUUAAUGUGAACUAAUGUUAGCUUCUAAUGAUUCUAGGAUUACUAUGAAAAACAAAAAAAAAAAAUCUCAAAGCGAAGCAAGUAGGGCAUUCUUAAAACGAAGAAAGACGUGAAUCUAGUGUAGUAAAGUACUAUGUGUUGAAAGGACCUCUUAGGAUUUGGCCCAGACAUGAAAGAGUGGCCAUUGUGUUGGUCAGAUUUAAUUAAGAUGACAGUUAAAAUUAGGUUUGCUUAUGCACAUCAGAUGAUCUGAUUUUAAAAGCCAAGUUGGUUGAGUGCCUUGCUUCCUGCUGACAAGGAUGCAGGUAUCAGUGAUGCCACCCAUUGAUGUCGGGCUGUUUCCCAUUUUCCUUUCAUUGUCAUCUUUAUUUCAGUAGGGGUCAGGUCAUGCAACUGCCAGCAUCUUGGGUUAUUACGGUGAUGACCUCCAAAGAAAAAAUACGUUUGUACCUUAAUUGCAGAAAAAAAGAAUCAUGAAAAUGAAGUAAAUGAUCCAAUGGUGCUAAUAGGUGGUUGAGCAUUCUUUUAUAAUCUCCAUUUAGAUGUUAAUGGGAAAAAAAAACUUUCUUCUAUGAUUAACCUUUGUGAAACAAAGUAAAUUCCUUUUCCCAAGAAAAAUGAAUGGAGAAGCAUUAGGUCCAGAAAAACAGAAAAAAAUAUGACAUUGUAGUGCUUGAUGACCAAGAAACCACAGACGACAGCAGGGUUGUUGUAGCUCCGUACGCUAUUGACUCAGGUUACCUUCAGUACACGUUUAGUCGUUGACGUUGAAAGCUUGACGUGUACUGCUGGAAAGGGAUUAAGGUGGAGAAGGUGAUUGAAUGGAACUAUUAGUGCAACAUGCGAUACGAUGGCUACUGCUAAUUAUUUUUGGACAGGAGUUUAAAGUGUCUGUCUGUCUGCUGGACACUAAACAGCUACUACCAGUGAGCAAUAAAAAAAUAAUAAAAUUAAUGACCAUACCUUCUGUGUGCCUAAAUUAUUUGUGAUAGAUAAAAGGUCUUUUAAAAAGAUCAUAUUUCUUUUAUCAGGGCUCAAGCUGAAAAAGUAGUUCAAGAGGCUGUUAUAGAAUUAAUGUGGAAAUAAAGACUUCAAGACUAUUUUUUGCUGUAAUUUUGAGUUGUUUUAAAUCAUAUCAAUGCUACGAGCCUCAUUACUAUAUAAAUACUAUAUAUUAUAUAUAAAUAUAUAUACCGCGUGUAAUUCAUAGCACUCAUUCCACACCAAGAAGCAACCAUAGAAAACCCCAACCACAGUCAACCAAAAUCCCUAGGAUGCAACUAUGGCAGUUUUAACAAAACAACACUGGAUUCAUCAAAGCUUUGUAUAAAUGUUAUAAUUAACUGUACAUAAUGUAUUUUGGCUUCACCUUUUUCCACUUGUGAAUGGAAUAUGCUUUUUGAAAGUUUUAAAUGUACAGAUAAUAGAGUUUUUUAUUAUUUCAUAGAAUUUUAUAUGAUGUGUGCUAAAAAAAAAUUUUUUUUUUUUGGAACCACCAACAGUUAUUUGUGCCAUCAAAAAGUGAGUACAAAGUUAGCAUUUAGCUGUUCUUGUGACGGGUACGAAUAAUAAAAAGAAAUAUUGAACUAUUCCUGAUUUGUACUCAAGAGUACUGAGAUGUCAAACCACUUCACCUUACCUUGAGUGUUUUUCAUUCAUUUUAUUUUUUAUAAUAUACAAUCAAAUUAACAUUUAUUGAUUUUCUUGUAAAUAAUAUAUAUAUACACAUUUGUAAAGGGCAAACAAUUUUGUUUUAAAAAUACAGCUCAAAAUAAGGUAAAGUAUUUGACAAUAAGGCACUAGUCACCCCCUC